AUGUGCCUGACUUGGUUGGGGGCCCCACUUCACCCGAACAGGGCUAGCGUGGCGAGACGUCAGCGCCAAGAGUGGGGCGCGAUCCAGGGCAAGGGUGCAGGGUGGCGGGGAAGAACACGCAGGGCCUCAAGUAACGAGAAAGGACCAGAAGAGCCAGAAGAGCCAGAAAGAGUCAGCGAGUCAUCGACCGCCAGGCCCAAAGAUGGUCGGCUGUUGCCGCCCUUUUCUCCGGCCCGGCUGCUCGUGUCGCAAAACCCGCCAGACGAGCGACUCCCGAGAACCUUCGCACGCUCCUCCUCUUGCUUUGAAGCUUCAAAAAGAGGCGCGCUGCGUUGUCGUUUUUCGGGCAUUCUAGGCCCUGUUCGGGAGUCUGUGGCCAGACCCGAGCCUGAAGGAACCACCGUCGGGCGCGUCGUUCAGCUUCGGCUCCGCUGUGGACACUCCGCCGUUCCCGGGGGGAGAACUUCUCGUUUCCAUUUCUCUGUUUCCUGGUUCUUCAGACGCCGUGGCAGAGUCGAGGCGGAAAACAAACCCGAUCCAUCUUCGAAUUUCCCCACGUGGCGACGCCGAUAA